AUUUACAGUCCUAUUACAUUAUGGCCAACGAGGCGCAGAGCUUAAAUAGUUUCACUUCCGUCACAAACUUAACCUUCGCCACGCCGCGCACCAAACGCAGAUGGCGCUUCUAUUUCAAGCUGCUCGAUUUGUACAGAAAGAACGAGUGCCUCUGGAUGGAGAAUCACAAGGACUUCUUCAAUUAUGAUCUUAAGGCAGAGAUCUGGCAACAGAUCGCUGAGGAAAUGACCACCACUGCACAUCGUGUGCCAACGCCGGAGAGAUGGAAACAACUCAUUGUUAAAUGGCGCUACAAGGUCCAGCUGGAUCAACUGCGUCGACAGGAGGCACAAUUUUUUAAUAAAGUCGAUGAGUUGCCACCAAAGUUGCGCUAUUCGGAUCGAUUUCAGUUUCUGAUCAAACACACGUUCGACCGCAAAAAGCCAGUCAAGAAAGAUGUUCCAGCUCCCGUGUCUGAAGCGGAAAGCGUGCCCGGGGAGAGUCUCGCAGCCAAAUGCAUGCGUUUGGGUCGCAGUAAGAGCAAAACCCGCACAUUCUUUGGACAAAAGCUGCAAACGUUGGAGCACCUGAGGAAUAGACGAGGCGGCACUAUGAGCCUAACAUCGGAGGCUUUUCAUCGGCUGCCGUAGGGCAGAGCAGCCGGACGGAAACUGAAAGUGUGAACAAUGAGCAUUUGUACCUUCAUAAAUUUCGAUAAUGUAUUUACAUAUAGCCUUUUCGAUUUUAUUACA